AUGGCCGUCAAGAAACAAAAAAAAUCAACUGAAAACAUAAAUGCACGUUUAGCGAUGGUUAUGAAGAGUGGCAAAUAUUGUCUUGGCUAUAAACAAACGUUAAAAACUCUUCGAGCUGGUAAAGCAAAACUUGUCAUCCUUGCUAACAAUACUCCUCCUCUAAGGAAAAGCGAGAUAGAAUACUAUGCAAUGCUCGCAAAAACUGGUGUGCAUCAUUAUAACGGCAAUAAUAUCGAAUUGGGAACAGCAUGCGGCAAACUUUUCCGAGUUUGCACCUUAUCUAUAACAGACGCUGGUGAUUCGGAUAUAAUUCGUAGUAUGCCAUCAGAAAAUGUAUAA